UACCACUGUUCCUUAAACUCUCAUAUCCCUGACUGAGCAUGCUUACUUAGCCUUCAUUCAGCAAAUACGUAUUGGGCGCCUGGCUAGAUUCAGUGCCAAGGUGGGGAGAAGGUGCUGUGAACUCUCCGAGUGCUCCUUCAGGUACAAAUCCAGGAUCGCUCAGCCCUACGCAUUCCAGAGCUAGCGGUUGUGUGCGCAGCACUCGAAUACACACACACACACACACACACACACACACACACACACACACACAGACACACACACACACCACUCUGCGCGGCUUUUCUGAGUGUUACGGCGCCCUCCCUCCUCCCCCGCGCGGCGCAGGCGGGGACCCACCGGUUCCGCUCUGCGCUAGCAGCGGAGACAGGAGGACCCCCGGGAGCGGGAUCCCGGCGACCGAUCGCCCAGCCCUGUUCAGGCUUAGGCCCUCAUGGAGGGGACUGCGGAGUCCCAGACGCCUGACCUGCGAGACGUGGAAGGCAAGGUGGGCAGGAAGACCCCGGAAGGGCUGCUCCGCGGGCUGCGAGGCGAGUGGGAGCCGGGAAACUCUGGUGCCCUGCUGCUCCCCGGGGCGCCUAGCAGGGACCAUGGCCUGGGGGACAAGAUCAUGGCGCUGAAGAUGGAGCUGGCUUACCUGAGAGCCAUCGAUGUGAAGAUCCUGCAGCAGCUGGUGACCUUGAACGAGGGCAUCGAGGCGAGGAGGAGCUUAGCUCCCAGCCAGCUGGCCAAGAGAAAACCAGAAGGCAGACCCUCUGAUGAUGACGACUGGCAUCCUGGGCCAGUGGCUCCUAAGAAAUGGAAAUCCAGCCGUGAAAUCCAGAGCCAGGAGUGUUCCCUGUCUCCUUUUCGGAAAGCUUUGACCCUGCUAACGAAUCGACCACCCUGUCUGGACAGUAGUCAACAUGAAGCAUUUAUUCGAAGCAUUUUGUCAAAGCCUUUCAAAAUCCCCAUUCCAAAUUACCAAGGUCCUCUGGGCUUUCGGGCACUGGGACUCAAAAGGGCCGGAGUCCGCCGGGCCCUCCAUGACCCCCUGGAAGAAGGUGCCUUGGUUCUGUACGAGCCUCCCCUGCUGAGCGCCCAUGACCAGCUGAAGCUUGACAAGGAAAAACUCCCUGUCCAUGUGGUCGUUGAUCCUAUUCUCAGUAAGGUCUUGCGGCCUCAUCAGAGAGAGGGAGUGAAGUUCCUGUGGGAGUGUGUCACCAGUCGACGCAUCCCUGGCAGCCACGGCUGCAUCAUGGCUGAUGAGAUGGGCCUGGGCAAGACGCUGCAGUGCAUCACAUUGAUGUGGACACUUUUGCACCAGAGUCCAGAGUGCAAGCCAGAAAUUGACAAGGCUGUGGUGGUGUCGCCCUCCAGCCUGGUGAAGAACUGGUACAAUGAAGUUGGGAAAUGGCUUGGAGGGAGGAUCCAACCUCUGGCCAUCGAUGGAGGCUCUAAGGACGAGAUAGAUCGGAAGCUGGAAGGAUUCAUGAACCAGCGUGGAGCCAGAGUGCUUUCCCCCAUCCUCAUCAUUUCCUAUGAGACAUUCCGCCUUCAUGUUGGAGUCCUGCAGAAAGGGAGUGUUGGACUGAUCAUAUGUGACGAGGGACACAGGCUGAAGAACUCUGAUAAUCAGACUUACCAGGCUCUGGACAGCUUGAAAACCAGCCGGCGGGUGCUUAUCUCUGGGACUCCCAUCCAGAAUGAUCUCCUUGAGUAUUUCAGCUUGGUACAUUUUGUGAAUUCGGGCAUUCUGGGAACUGCCCAUGAGUUCAAGAAGCAUUUUGAGUUGCCCAUUUUGAAGGGUAGAGACGCAGCUGCCAGUGAGGCAGACCGGCAGCUAGGUGAAGAGCGACUGAGGGAGCUCACCAGCAUUGUGAAUAGGUGCAUGAUACGGAGGACAUCAGAUAUCCUUUCUAAAUAUCUGCCUGUGAAGAUUGAGCAGGUGGUUUGUUGUAGGCUGACACCCCUGCAGACGGAAUUAUACCAGAGGUUUCUGAGACAGGCCAAGCCAGCAGAAGAGUUGCGUGAGGGCAAGAUGACUGUGUCUUCCCUUUCUUCCAUCACCUCACUGAAGAAGCUGUGUAAUCAUCCAGCUCUAAUCUAUGACAAAUGUGUGGAAGAGGAGGAUGGCUUUGAAGGUGCCUUGGACCUUUUCCCCCCUGGUUAUAGCUCCAAGGCUCUAGAGCCUCAGUUGUCAGGUAAGAUGCUGGUCCUUGAUUACCUUCUGGCAGUGACCCGAAGCCGCAACAGUGACAAAGUAGUGCUGGUGUCCAAUUACACCCAGACAUUGGACCUUUUUGAAAAGCUCUGCCGAGCCCGAAGGUACUUGUAUGUCCGCUUGGAUGGUACAAUGUCCAUUAAGAAGCGAGCCAAGGUUGUGGAGCGCUUCAAUAAUCCAUUGAGCCCUGAGUUUGUCUUUAUGCUGAGCAGCAAAGCUGGGGGCUGUGGCCUCAAUCUCAUUGGGGCUAACCGACUGGUCAUGUUUGACCCUGACUGGAAUCCGGCUAAUGAUGAACAAGCCAUGGCCCGGGUCUGGCGUGAUGGUCAAAAGAAGACCUGCUAUAUCUACCGCCUGCUGUCUGCAGGAACCAUUGAGGAGAAGAUCUUCCAGCGUCAGAGCCACAAGAAGGCACUGAGUAGCUGUGUGGUGGAUGAGCAGGACGUGCAGCGGCACUUCUCCCUGGGCGAGCUGAAGGAGCUGUUUACCCUGGAUGGGGCGAGCCUCAGUGACACACACGACAGGUUGCGCUGCCGCCGCUGUGUCAACAACCACCAGGUCAGGCCACCCCCUGAUGGUUCUGACUGCACCUCAGACCUGGCUCAAUGGAACCAUAGCACUGAUAAACGGGGGCUCCGGGAUGAGGUACUGCAGGCUGCCUGGGAUGCUGCCACCACUGCCAUCACCUUCGUCUUCCACCAGCGUUCCCAUGAGGAGCAGCGGGGCCUCCACUGAUAACCAGCUGGUCUGGGUAUAGCUGUUAGAGGAAGGAGACAGGGCACAGGGGCUCCCUGCCCCAUAGGGCCCUGCUGAGUUUUGUUCUCUGGGAGAAAAAAAUCAUCAAGAAGGGCUGCAUGAUGUUUGCCCAAAAUUUAUUUUAUAAGAAAAACUUUUUUGGUUAAAAAAAGAAAGGAAUAAAGGUAUGAAAGGG